CAGAAACUAAAGAGGCGUGCAAUUCUUGUCUUACACAGAGGAGAAAAGAAACCUGCCUUUGUAAACGGCACUGUGGCUGAUGCAGGGCUCAUUUGUCUUAAGCUUGUGAGUUGCUGAAUGAAUUUUGGUAAAUGGAGGCGACACGACCAUCUGCAAAAUGGUUUACAGAAACACAAUCAGACUGGUUUCUUCGAAAUGGCAUUCCUGAGUGGUUUCAUGGCAUCAUUACAAGAAAGGAUGCAGAAGAUUUACUAAAAGAUAAGGUUCCUGGGUGCUUUCUCAUAAGAGUUGGUGAAAGUCGAAUUGGAUACAGUUUGUCUUACAAACUGCCGGACCGCUGCAGACACUUUAUGAUUGAUGUUCUAAGUGGUCAAAAUUGUAAUAUGGCUGGAGAUUUAAGAAUUCACAGGACACUAGAAGAUUUAGUAAAGUUUCAUUCAGUGAAUCCUAUUUGUCCAUACAACGAAUUUUUAACAGAACCUUGCGGGCAGAAAACAAACGCUACUGCCGAUUAUCAAGAAUUGUUUGAGCACUAUAGCAAUCAGGUGGCAAACAUAGAAUCAGUUGCCAGUGAUGAGAGAUACAUCCCUUUUCCAAUAUCUGAAGCAAAAGGGGCAGUGGAACCACCAGGAAAUUCACCGGAGCCAGCAUGCCCACCUGUACCACCCAGAAGAUUAAAGGCUACAGGCAGCCUCCCAGAAUUACCUCACCUACCAUCUCCUAUGAUCCCAAGACUCUAUCCUGCUCUACCUCAAGUAGAACCCAUGCCACAUGAUUUUGUUCAUGUGACACCAAGUCAGAAUGGCCACAAACUUUUGAAGUCAGGCAGUGUGGAUUCACUAGUUCUUCAAACCAGAAGACAUGAUUCAGCCACAGCCUACAAUGGAGCAGAUACAUGUUUUGAACAGAACAAAAGCUGUGCAGUUGGUGGGGACCAACAAACCAACGCAUUGCCUAAGCCAUUCAAAGGUCGUCGUAAUGUAAUAAAAAAGGCAGUGGCACGGGUGACAGAUGGACAGAUUGCACAAGAAAUCAAGUUACUGGAAAGUGCAGUGACAACACAUAUGAAAAAUCUAAAAGAUAAUUUGGGAUUCUCAGGGCCAACAGACCUGCAAAAUGUGAACAAAAAUAUUAAGGAAAACUCAAAAAGUAUCAUUCCAGAGGAGUAUAAAAAGCCUCCUCCUUUUGCUCCAGGAUUUAACUGAAAAAAAGACUUUUACAAUAGGUUUCAACAAGGUAAAUAACACAGUUACACAUUCACUUUAUGUUACUGCCUAGUUAAAAAUAAUGAACAUGCAACAUUUCAUAGACUUAGACUGAUACUAUAUAUAUGUGUAUGUAUAUAUCAACUUUUACUGUCUUAGGUGCACUAAUGUAAAUAAAUAUAUACACAGCAUAUAAGUGAGCCUACCCUUUAUCUAUUUAACCAUUGUUGGAGCAGCACCAUUAUGACAAUACAACAAAUUUAGUCGUUUUUUAUAUCACAUUCAUACUUCCAUGUCGUGGUUAAGCUUUCUUCAGUUCAUAUCAACAAAACUUUCAAGUUUCACCAUUUGUUGGGUCCAGCCUAGUCUCUCCUUUUUUUUUGUCUCAUUGUAGAACCCUAUUAACGAUUUACAUUUUAUGAAUGGAAUAAGUGUUUACAGAAAAAUAAGUUUGGUCUUUCCUUCUAAGAGGACAAAUACAGAGUUUUUAUGAUCAUAUGCUGGGCUAAUUUAAAUAAUUUUACUACAAUGACUAGAAAUUGUGCCACUUUUAAUAUAUCAGAUCUUCUGUUUUAACCCUCUAAUUGCCUUUACAUUCUACUAAAUUUAAAUUUUCAAUAUGCGCACACCUAACUGAAUCUCUGUACCAAUAAAUGGCACAUAUAUCAGGAACAUCUCGUGGAGAAAAGAAGAGAGUUGGCCUACAUGACACAGAAAGUUAAUAUGGGGUAUUGUGAACCAAUGUUCCUUCUAAUUCCUUUACAACUAUGUGCACCGAAAAAAUAUUUAGUGCUAACAUUUUAAACCUGUGUUGACAUUUUUAAAAACUGUGUGCUCAGACCACCAAAUGAAGUGUUUACACACAAAAUUCUUUGUGCGCAGCACAAUUUGUUGUGUGCACUGGCCCCAAAAUUUGUGAGUUUGCGCAUGUAUGAGCGCAUAGGUUAGAGAUAACAUUGUUGUGAACAUAAUCCCUGAGGUGUCCACUGAAAUAGCUUUAUUUAAGCACUGGCACAGUCACUGACUAAGAUCUGCAGCUGUAUAAUCCAUCCAUCAUGUCUUAUGUCUGCAUUGAAAGUUGGAGCUGGCAACCCUACUUACAGCAUAAAACAUUAUUGUUAAUAUCAGAAAUAAAAUAAAAAAUUAAGAGGCACGUAGCUACUCAAAAACAGGAGUAAAGCUCCCCAUAGACGCGACGAUUUUUCUUGCAGAAUGACCGAUUUUAGGG